GUCAGUUAUCGACGUGUGCGCAUGUGUCGUGCCAGAUACUGUUUAAUGUAUCCAUUUGUGUUUUUAAGUGAAUAGUAUUUUCUUUAUCAUGGAAUGGUGUACGACAGUAUGUGGAAAAUACAGAAUAGAAUCGCUGUCUGCUGCAACGUUUCCCAGUGCUUUAGAAGUUAUAAGAGUAGCCUUCUGCCAAGAUGAGUUUGUGAGCAUAGGAUGCGAAGUCAACAUAAACCCAAAAGCCGCUGAGGAAUUAUUAGAACUGUGCGCAGACGCAGCAUUGGAUGGUGUAUCUUUGGUUGCUGUUGCAAUUGAUACUGGCGAAGUAACUGCUGUAGCUUUUAAUAAGAUACAGGUAGCGGCUACUGAUUCUUCAGAAAAGGCAUUCUUUGAAAUCUUCGCAGAAGAACGAUGUACGCAAGGGCCUUCUCGUUCACUUGUAGAAUUUAUGGCUAAUGUGGAUGCAAGAUGCAAUCUAUUCGAGAAAUAUGAAGUAGACUGCAGUUUGGAAAUAAUGUUCCUAGCAACAAAACGUGAACAUAGACGACGAAAACUUGGGCAACUGCUCUGUAAAGUUUCGCUGGAUUUAGCGAAGAAACUGCAACAAGGACCUGUAUCAAAAGUUACGUUAGAAGAUUUAGGAACGAAAUAUUCAAUGUUACAGCCGAGAUCCCCCACGACUAAAUAUCCGAAAAUCUGCCAAGCUAUUUGGACAUCAGAGGGUACACAGCGUAUAGGAAAAAAUCUGAAUUUUAUAGUACAUUUAUCAGUUCCAUUUAAAGAGUUUGUAUAUGAAGGUAAAAGUUACGCAGAUAGAAUAGGAUUGGAAUCAUCUUUUUGUGAAGUCGCUGCAAAACCUCUGUAUAAUAUUUAAUAAAUUUCUUAUUUGGAAAAUAUAGUAAAAUUUUUGUAUAUAGUAAAUCAAUUAUAUUUUUGACUUAAAAAAAUGAAUAUAUUUUAUGGCUUUUUGUUAAUUAAAAUUCGGAAUAUAAUUUUUCUAUUAUCUAUUAACAAUAAAUAUUAAUUAUAUCAAGUGAU